ACCCACUCGCUUGGGGGGUGGCAUGGGGUCUGGGAUGGGCACGCUGCUCAUCAGUAAGAUCCACAAGGAGUUCCCAGACCACAUUAUGAACACCUUCAGCGUGGUGCUCUCAUCCAAAGUGUCAGACACGGUGGUGGAGCCCUACAAUGCCACGCUGUCCGUGCACCAGCUGGUGGAGAAUAUCGAUGAGAUCUACUGCAUCGACAAUGAGGCACUCUAUGACAUCUGCUUCUGCACCCUCAAGCUGACCACCCCCACCUACAAGGACCUCAACCACCUAGUGUCGGCCACCAUGAGCGGAGUCACCACCUGCCUGUGCUUCCCAGGCCAGCUGAACACCAGCCUGCACAAGCUGGCCAUCAACAUGGUCCCCUUUCCUCACCUGCACUUUUUCAUGCCCGGCUUCAUGCCCCUGACCAGCCGGGGCAGCCAGCAGUACUGGGCCCUGAUGGUGCCUGAGCUCACCCAGCAGAUGUUGGACACCAAGAACAUGAUGGCCACGUGCAACCCGCACCACAACUACUACCUGACUGUGGCUGCCGUGUUCCGGGGCCGCGUGUCCAUGAAGGUGGACAAGCAGAUGCUGAGCGUGCAGAGCAAGAACAGCAGCAACUUCGUGGAGUGGAUCCCCAACAACUUGAAGACAGCCAUGUGCAACAUCCCGCCCCAUGGCCUGAAGAUGGCCGCGACCUUCAUUGGCAGUAGCAUGGCCUUCCAGGAGCUGUUCAAGCACAUCUCUGAGCAGUUCAAAGCCAUGUUCUGGCGCAAGGCGUUCCUGCACUGGUACACGGGCGAGGGCAUGAAUGAGAUGGAGUUCACCGAGGGUGAGAGCAACAUGAAUGACCUGGUAUCUGAGUACCAGCAGUACCAGGACACCACAGCCGAGGAGGGCAAGUUCAAGGAGAGGGCCGAGGAGGAGAUGGCCUAGGUUGCUCCCAUCGCUUCCCAUCUGUCCCCUCGAGGCUUCUGACCUUUGAUCCCCUAGGACCCUCCAUCUCUGACCCCUAGAGCCCUGCUUUCCCUCCAAGCCUGACUCACCCCGACCCUAAGACUUUGCCCUGCCCCCUAACAAUACCUUUGGAGCUGGCUUUACCUCUGGCUACUUCAUCUCCGACCCUGACUCCCCUUUGACCCUUGAGCCCUAAUUUAUCUUUGACUCCCUUGAGCUCUUCCAACCUUGACAUUCCCAGGAGGAGCCCCGAUUCACCCCUUCUGACUCUGGAAACUGCUCCUUUAACUUUAUGGGCCCUCCUUCACCCCGACCUCUGCUUCACCUUUGACCCCUGCCUCCCAUGAAUCCCAUUUUACCUCUAGACCUAUAAGUCCUGGUUUAUGUUUGACCCCUCCCUCUGAGCUGCCCUUCACCUCUGACCUUGCCUCACCUUUAACUCCCCAACUGAGCCCCAGCUCCUACCUCUGAUCCCAACUUCUCUUUCACCCCCUACGAACCCCAUUUUACCUCUACACCUGUAAGACCUGGUUUACAUUGGACCCCUCCCUCCAAGCUGCAGUUCACUUUUGACCUUGCCUCAUCUUUCACCCCCACACAGCCCCAGCUCGUGCCUCUGACUCCAGCUUCUCUCUGGUUCCCACAGACUCCAUGCAUCCUCCCUGCCUCACUCCCCUCGGUCCCUGCCAACCUUAGCUUAUCUGGGAGAGAAACAAGGCCUAGUGCCUGUGAGGAAGAGAGGUUGCCCCUGUCCUCCCUACCCGCUUCACUGCCUCGCCCUAAAUAAAUAAAUUGUUA